UUCAUUUUCCAAGGCAAAAUGGAGAACGAUGGCGUCUUAUGUGUUAGCAAGAGCGUAUGGGCGAUUAAACAUGUUUCUAUAUGAAGUAAUAAGUUAUUCGUAAUGCUAAUGAAAAAUAACUAAACAAGAACCACACAAUAGAAUAGGAGAACAAUAGCCACGCUCAUCCGUCAGUUCAGUUUUCUGUUUCAUUUACCGUUUCAGUGAGAUUUGCAACGAACCCGCAGUAGACACUAAUGCUAUAUCAAGAGGGUGUUUUGCGAUGCGUUUUUAAAAUCAUGUGUAAUUUUGAAUGCAAUUAAGACCUGAGGCAUGCUGUUACACGCGUAAGCUAAAACAGAGCAUAGAAAACAUUUAAUGAAACAAAAAUCGCUGGACUAGAAAGAUAUUGUUAUCUAGCCAUUUUGACAAUCGAUACAUCUGCCCAACCUAGUAACCUAGCUGGAAGGAGUAGCUAGCUUGCUUUGCUAGCUAUUCUUGUAUCAACAUGGAACGCAUGUGAACGUGCCACACGCGAACCCAGAAACGGCAAGAAAAGGCUGCAGGAGAAGGAAACAAGGAAGCGAUCCGUGAAUAUAGCUAGAUCUAUUAAAGCUAAGUGUUAGCAAAUAUUAUUUCUAAUGCGCGACCAAGGAGUAUGCGACUCGUCACUAAGAGUUGACUGCAGAGGGGAUGUCGGGCAGUAAGGCUUUGGGCGGAGGGGCUCGGCGCCGGCGCACUCGAUGCCGGCGUUGCCAGGCCUGCCAACGCACAGAGUGCGGCGAGUGCCACUUCUGCAAGGACAUGAAGAAGUUCGGCGGCCCCGGCAGGAUGAAACAGUCCUGCCUGCUGCGGCAAUGCACGGCGCCCGUGCUGCCCCACACAGCGGUGUGUUUUGCCUGCGGUGAGGCGGGGAAGGAGGACACGGUGGACUCGGAGGAGGAGAAGUUCAGCCUGUCCCUGAUGGAGUGCACCAUCUGCAACGAGAUCAUACACCCCAGCUGCCUCAAGAUGGGAAAGGCAGAGGGCAUCAUAAACGAUGAGAUUCCAAAUUGUUGGGAAUGCCCCAAGUGCCACAAGGAGGGCAAGACCAGUAAGGAUGGGGGUGAUGGUUUGGGCAAGCGACGGACGGACAACGGGGAGGUGGGGCGUUGGAAACUGACGGACGACCCACCUCCCAGCAAGAAGAAGCCCCUCUCCCUGGAGGACGGCCCCCGUCAGGACGGACACAAGCGCAAGAAGGAGAAAGAACUGCCCCAGGAGAGCGCACCCAAGAAGAAGAUGAAAGGUGCCCGAGAAAAGCACCUAAAAAAGAAGCAGAAGCCCAACGCCGACGCGUCCGAGACCAACGGGCCCAACUCCUCGUCCGGCGGGGGUCAGGGCUCGGGCGGCGGCUCCAACUCGGGUGCAGCGUCGUCAGGCGGGACCUCGUCGGCGAGUCAGGACCAGCGUUCACACCAGCGCGAGAAACUCGAGCGUUUCAAGCGCAUGUGCCAGAUGCUGGAGCGGGCGCGCGACUCCACCUCCUCCUCCUCGUCCAGCUCUGAGUCUGACUCUGAGUCCGACUCGGACUCGCCAUCGGGCGGCGCUGCGUCCGACCCCCCCUCGCCUCCCCCGGUCGCCUACGGCAACAGCAGCAGCAGCUCCAGUGCGGCGCGGGACCGCGAGAGGGAACGCGAGCGGAACCGGCGACUGGCCGAGCUGGGCUUCAGCGCUAGCGAGGACUCGGAGGCCGACGGGCCCGAGGACGAAAAGGACGAGCGGCCCGAGGAGACCACGAGCGGCACGGACAAAUCGACGGCCGCCGCACGCAGGCGAGGGGCCGGGGACUCGGCAGCGUCUCAGCGAGGAGGUCGCAAGGUCAAGGACGAGCCUCAGGACGAGCAGGGCGGGCCUGAGAGGGGCCGCAAGGGGACGCUGCUGCCCCCUCCCUCGCCUCUCUCCUCCAGCCAAUCGCAGCCCUCCUCCGGCCACGGUGGACCCUCGCCCAGCCAAGAUGGCUUCUCCUCGUCGUCCACCAAGCGCAGCAACGGGCAGGAGGCUCGGAACGGGCGCACGCGGGCAGGAGGUGGACGUGAGGCCCAGGAGAAGGAGAACGCCAACAGCAGCGGAGGAACUGGAGGCCUGGCCAACCACCGGCACGCCGGCAGCAAAAGCGGCCGCAGCGGCAGCAACAAGAUCCGUAGCGCCAACCGGCAGAACCAGCAGGGCGGCGCCGGUGGGUCAUCGGUGCGAGGCGGCGCGGGGGGUGCCAUCUCGGCCACCACCACGGCCAACGGGGGUGGCGGGGCGCUGUUGCUGGGCAACCCGGCAGGCGGGCUGGCCGCGUCUCCGCGGUCGCAGACAGCCUCGCGGCUCGGUCACCAGCAGCCGCGCUCGCAGCUGGUCAAGCGGAGCCCACCGGCCGUGCCAUCGCCGCCGCGGCCCGUGCAGAUGGAGCGGCACCUCGUACGCCCGCCGCCGGCCUGCCCCGAGCCCCGCUGCCUGCCCCUGGACGGGGGCGCCUCGCACGUGCUGCCCCGCGACGUCUGGCUGCGCGUCUUCCAGCACCUGAGCCAGCGAGAGCUCUGCGUCUGCAUGCGAGUCUGCCGCACCUGGAGCAGAUGGUGUUGUGAUAAGAGGCUGUGGACGCAGAUUGACCUGAGCCGGCAGCGCUCCAUCACCCCCCCAAUGCUGAGUGGUAUAAUCCGGCGGCAGCCUGUCUCACUGAACCUGGGCUAUACCAACAUCUCCAAGAAGCAGCUCAUGUGGCUCAUUAACCGCUUGGAAGGUCUGCUGGAGCUGGAUGUGUCGGGGUGCCCGUGGGCGUCCGUGUCGGCCCUGUGCCAGGCUGUGUGUCCGUGUCUGCGUCUGCUGGACCUCAGUCGCGUUGAGGACCUCAAGGACUCCAACCUGCGCGAGUUGCUGGCCCCGCCCAAUGCCGACACGCGCUCAGCUCACGGUGAGAACCGAGGCGGGCGCUUCCAGAACGUGACGGAGUUGCGUCUGGCGGGGCUGGACGUGACGGACGCCACGUCGCGGCUGCUAGUGCGCUACCUGCCCCACCUGACUAAGCUGGACCUGAGUCAGUGUGGGAAUAUCACAGACCAGACCAUCCACACACUCACAUCGCCAAUCUCACCACUGCGGGAGAGUCUCACGCACGUCAACCUGGCAGGCUGUGUGAAGGUGACAGAGCAGUGCUUGGCGCUGCUGCGCCGCUGUGCCUCUCUGCAGAGUGUGGACCUGCGCUCCUGUAGCCAGCUGGGCCCGGACGCCUGCCAGCUGCUCUCCUUCCCCCCACCCCCGCACCCGCCGCACGACCACACAACGCUGCUCAAGAACAGCUAAGGAACCCCCCGCCACACGACCACACAACGCUGCUCUAGAACAGCUAAGGAACCCCCCGCACCCGCCGCACGACCACACAACGCUGCUCAAGAACAGCUAAGGAACCCCCCGCACCCGCCGCACGACCACACAACGCUGCUCAAGAACAGCUAAGGAACCCUCACCUGACCCCCCGCACCCGCCACACGACCACACAACGCUGCUCAAGAACAGCUAAGGAACACUCACCUGACCCACCUGAUCCCCCGCACCCGCCACACCGACCGCACAACGAUGCUCAAGAACAGCUAAGGAACCUAACCGGGAAACCGCACCCACCCCACCCACCCUCAACGCAGAACGCUGCUCAGCAAGAACUGAGGAACCCCACCUGCUUCCCAAGCCUCCCGCACCCCCGCACCCCCCGGUCCCCACACACCCGCCUGUCAUGCUUCAGAACAGCUGAGAAACCCGCCCCAAUCCUGAUCCAACACAACACAACACAACACAACACAGCGUGAGCCGAACCCACUCUACCCUACCGGACCCGACCCGACCCACGACCACACUACAGCUCUGAGCUCUGCGGGAGAGGGAGGAGCCGGAAAAGAGGAGAGGAGCAGAACAAGUAACCGUGGACAACCAUUAAGAGCCCACCUAGACCCCUCAGCCCUCCCUUGCUGCAUAUCUGAACAGACUCGUAACAAAGGCUGAAACACAAACACAUAAACACACAAACACACAAACACAAACAAACACACAAACACACAGUCGGGAGGCUGACUAAAUUUAGCAUGUACAUAUUCGGUAUCUGUACAGUGUGUGUGUGCGCACGUGCGUGCGUGAGUGAGUGCGUGCGUGCGUGCGUGUGUGUGUAUGCGUGUAUGUAUAUAAAUCUAGUUAACUGUAAAUUAUCCACGGUCUGCUCCCUUGUUCGACUUCAUCCCACUCCACACCUUGGGUUUUUCCAUUCACACACACUCUCACACACACUCACUCGCCCUCCAUCCAUCCAUCUACCACCCCCCCACCCCACCACACUGCACUUCAAGGCCUCCCCUCUUCCAUCUGGUAUCCCAGCAGCGUGCUGUCUGUCUGUCUGUCUGUCUGUCUGUCUGUCUCUCUGUCUGUCUCUCUGUCUGUCUCUCUGUCUGUCUCUCUGUCUGUCUCUCUGUCUGUCUGUCUGUCUGUCUGUCUGUCUGUCUGUGACCGACCCCCUGCCCCCACAUGCAAGACUACAACGAAUGUACGCAGCCUCCACUCCCAGUCAGCCACACGUGUGUGCGCGUGUGUGCGUGCGUGCGUGUGUGUGUGUGUGUGUGUGUGUGUGUGUGUGUGUGGACGGACGGUGUUCUAACCCAGUGUUGCUGUGACCGUGAAGACGUUGGAGAGAUCUCCUCGUAGCAUCCUCGUCUGUCAUAUUUCGCAAUCAGCUCAGGAGGACACUGGAGGGAGGGGGAUCGUAGAAUAGUGGAGAACAGCUGCAGAUCUAGAACUUGAGAACCCCCUAGUCUAGGUACCCUCCAGCUGUCUGGCGUGCCAUCUCUGGUUCUGUUACCCCCUUCAUGUCUUCAACUGCCCCUCAGGAGUCACCACCCCCCUCCUGCCAUGUCCCCAUACCUCCUAUCCUGUGGCUCCCUCUCUCUUCCUCUCUCUCUCUCUUCCUCCCUCUCUCUCCUUUUAUUUCAUUUCCCAAUACAUCGACCUUUGUCUCGACAAAAGCCCCCUACCCUACUUUCACACACACAUUUGCAUACACACUCCGUCAUAUGCACACACACACACACACACACACACACACACACACACACACACACACACACACACACACACUGUUUGCACUGAUGAGGUUUACACACUCCUUUGUGGGACUGGUUGUAGGUCGUGGCCCCACAACACCCUUCUUUAUGCCAGGCCAAAGCACCAAGUCACCCUGUUGGGCCUCUUCCCAGACGGGAAGGUAAAAGAAUAUUCCAGAAGCAUCAGGUCUGCUCUUGUGAAGGAUUUGAGUUUUGUCCUUCCCCUGUUCCUUAGCACUCCAGGCAAGCUCACCAGUCCAGUCGCAUUCUAGAUUAGAACUGCUCUAGAUCAACAGUCUCUCAAAAUAGAAUGAUGUUGACAUAAUUGUGCAAAUGCCAUUUUUUUUAAUGAAAAUCCAAUGGGUUUAAUUUACCUCCCAGCAGCAGUGACCCUCUCAUUGUGAGACCAGUUCAGUAUUAAACACAGAAUGGUAUAUACAGGAGCUCGAACGAGAGUAUGGUCACCUGCCAGGGUAAUGACCUUGGACGGCCAAUCAGUGGAUGUAAUGCACCUCCCGACCCAAUCCCAGAUAUUUAAGUUCCACAUGCUGCUUGAUAUGGUAUAAUCCGCGCCACUUCUAAUCUACACUGUGUUGGACCAGUUCAGGCGUAGGAAUGAGAGGCGCUGGCAGAUCAGUGCUCUUCAGCCAUUUGACCUUGAGCAGUAUUUCUCCCUGUGCGACUGCACCUGUGCUGACGGGCGUUUGUUUGGUUCGGUUCGGUUCUGUUCUGUUUGGCCAGUAUGUCGGGUCAGCCCGAGCCGGUGGGUGUUGUCUGUGUGUGAUGGACCGGUUGUGUUUGGCUUCUGUUCUAGUUUCAGUUGUUUUGUUUAGUUUAGUUCUUGUCUCGUCUGUAAGAUGAUGAUGAUGAUCUCUGCCUUCUGAGCCUCCCCACUCCAGAGAAGGGCCAAUGGAAGCCUGCUUAGCUUGAGCUAACAGAACCACAUGACACCGCUCAGUGUUGUCAUGGAGCUUUUGUUGGUGAAUUAAAGUUCAGGAAUCAGGACUGCCCAAGUUACAGUGUUUGGGUCUGAGGCGGAACGUGUUGACCUCUCGGUGUGGCCCGGUCCGCAGCACGGGCGAGGAUCAGGUCAUCCCAGCCCAGUUAGUGUUCUUGAGGGGUCAUGCCCAAAUCCACCAGAUCCGCGCCCGAUUGGAAUAAGACGGGUUCUACAGUUGGCCACAGCCUGGUUGUGGGACUGACCAAGCAUCAGGUGGUGCAGUUGUACUUUAGCUCUCCUACUGGAAUGCUUGAUCCAUCCGUACACAACCAGGAGCCAGUCCCUCCUCCCUCUACCUUCUGCAGGGGGGGGGUGGGUAACCGUCUCAAUGACAAACCAAAAGAUGCACAUGUAUACAAGGCCUCGUACACGAUGACCAUUUCAUGUAAAAUCUUUGCCACAAUUUUCACCAAAAGCCUAAUUUCUUCUCUUUUUUUGCAUUGUAUUUUUAAAUGUAAUUUAUUGCGUGUCCAACUUGUAACUGUCAUGUUGACAAAUUGAUGUUUAACGCGCGGAGCAGAUCAAGAUGGUGAAGAACAGUCUUCACAUGAGAAUUUAGUCAAAACUUUUAUUUUUCAAGUGCUUCACUUGUUUAAGAGGAAGAAUUGUAAAAGAAAAAGGAAAUGCUACUCCCGCCUUUAUCAUUCCUCUGUAAAACCAUUUCAAUCAAAACCAAUUUGCCUGAAUUUGAACAGCGAAAUCAUGCAUUACUUCUUGUAAUGGCUGUAAUCUCUGUGUGUGUCUGAGAGAGAGUAUGUGUGUGUGUGUGUAUGUGUGUGUGUAUGUGUGUGGUCAUUGGCAGUCAUGUUCCUAACUGCUGGUGAGGGGCCUUGUUUUAUCGUUCCUUUCUGUGAACCCGCAAAGGAACGAUGGAGAACCAUGUUGCUCAUUCUAAAGCAUCCUACAGACUGUGGGAUCUCACCAAUUCUGGCAUAUCAAGUGUGUGGAGUGCCACAGCUAUCUUAAGGCACAGAGAACCCUGCGUUGGACUUGUGAGGCAUUUUAUGCAUUGAACUCAAACGACUUUCUAAGGCACUGACCUGCUCUGCAGUGUCAAAUGUGAUUCAUGAGGAAUCGAGCCGAAUACCCGAUCACUCCUGAUCCCUUUGCCCCCAAUCCCUCAUUUUGUAGUUGAUCCUGUUCUCCCCCUUAGAUUAUGUAAUAUCGUCUGAACCAAACCAUGUUCUACCCGAAAGAAGGCACUGGAUCAGAUAGACCAUCACCACCAUCACCAUCAUCACCAUCCUAAUCAUCUCUUGCCAAAAUUCCUGUUUUGUUCUUUCUUUUUUGAAUGUUCAGGGGCAUUUUUUUUAUCCAUUUGUUUCUUUUCUGUUUUUUAUUUUGGACUUGUGUUCUGGUUUCUUCCAUUGUGUUGAUCAAAAGAAAGAGGAAAAGAAGCAGAACAAUGAGAAACAAGAGACAGAAAAAGAAAAAAGAAAAAAAAACUCAAGGCAGCUACUUAAGAGUGACUACUGUAAAAUGAUUACUGAAAUAAAGAGAAUGGGGUUUUGUUUUUA